AUGAGCUCCUUCCUGAUGAACGGCGGCUACCAACCGCAGCCGGACCCCAAAUUCCCACCUUCCGAGGAAUACAGCCAAGCGGACUACAUACCACCAGGAGAAUACUACCAACAUCAGCAUUUGCAAUAUGGCUAUCAGCACCAAUAUGCGCCGGUGCAGAUUGGAACAAGCUAUGGAUACGGAGGUUACUACCAUCCUCUUCCACAGCAUCCACCUGUGGCACCACCUCCUAGACCUCCGGAGCCGUCGCAUCCAUCUGAUGCUGACCAUGGAUUUGCACCAUCGCAUAAUUCUGAUGGCGCCCCAGGCUUGGCUGAGCUCGGUCUAAGGUUAGAAAGACAUAUUGAAGAAGCAGCACCCGCGGGAAGAAAGCUUCAUGCUUUAGGCCGAGAAGGUUCUCCUUCUUCAGAGCUGGAUGAAGAAAGAUUAUUAUUAGACAGUCCGCCGGUGGAAGACGACGACUCCUCAAUAUGUUCAGAUAAUACUGACAGGGUUAUUUAUCCGUGGAUGAAGAAGAUACAUGUCGCUGGAGCGUCAAAUGGAUCUUUCCAGCCCGGAAUGGAGCCUAAACGUCAGCGCACAGCCUACACGCGACACCAAAUAUUAGAACUGGAAAAGGAAUUUCACUACAACAGAUAUCUAACCAGAAGAAGAAGAAUAGAAAUAGCUCACACUCUAGUCCUAUCAGAGAGACAAAUCAAAAUCUGGUUCCAGAAUAGAAGAAUGAAAUGGAAGAAGGAUAAUAAAUUGCCGAACACCAAAAACGUUAGAAGAAAAACGAAUCCAGCAGGAGUCACCACAACAACGGCUAAAGCCACACCAAAGAGUAGAUCGAAUAAGAAUACAAAUAAUAACGAUAAGAAGAAAUCAAACAACAACGGUCGUCCGGAUAGUAUAGAAAAUGUUACGGAUAAUAUCAUGAACGAUUUGCAUUGUGUUGGAGCACAGCAGAAUUUAUCUCACGACACGGCCAUCAGUCCAAUGUCUCACCCUGGAAGCAUGAACCCAGGGCAUAUGACACCGCAUCAUCUGCACAUGAUGGGAUUGCACGGCAACUUGGAUCCGGGUAUGGUCGCGAACCUUUCAGCACACGGGUCUCCUGUCAGCGCCACCGGAUGCGGCACGGGCAUCCCGAAUCAGCCGGUCAUCAAAUCAGACUACGGUCUAACUGCCUUAUAA